AUGGCCAACCACCCUGGAGGAAGAAGAAAGAUAGUCAAAAUCAAACCCUUGGACAGGAACCUUGGUUAUGAUGGUUCCAACAUGCCUAUAGAAGAAUUCAUCAGCAAAUAUGAAGAAGCUGCAGAAACUGUUGGAGCAAGCUCUCAAGAUUUGGCCAGCCAGAUAUUGUUCUUUAUCAGGGGACCAGACCUGCAAGAUGAAGUGGAAGAAAUGCAUGGAUAUGAAGAAUGCAAUUGGGUCAACUUGAAGGAAGAAUUAACGUAUAGAUUUGGAAUUACUCUCACCCUGGAAGAAUGUUCUAGAGAGGAAUUGGUAGAUCUGGUCAGCUAUGUUGCAAACAUGGGUGGCAUCAGAACUCCAGAACCAUUCAGACAAUUCAUAUUGCAAUUUGAACACAUUGCUCACUACCUAAUUGAAAAUGGAUACAAUUCCUCCAUGGAUGAAUUUGCAAAAUUAUUUUGGCAAUCCCUCAGCCCAGAAUUGGAAAGAGCCAUAUCUGAUCCACUUAUCUGGGAUUGUCACUUGGUUCUGGAUGAAAAUUUUCACAUUGCAGAAAUACCAUCCUAUGGUGUUAUUCUGGAGUAUAUUGACAGGGAGUUCAACAAACUGGACAAAAUACAGGAAGAUUGUGAUCAACCUGCACAAGAAAUUGGACAAAACAAUCCGUAUCAAUUCCCCCAAUGGUCCAUGGAACAUUUUAACUCAGAAUUCCAGUCACCACUUACAGAAACUUCUACCCCAGUACUUUCUUCAAAUUUGGAUGCCUUCCCCCUGACCUUAGAAAAUGGCCAAUCCCUGGAAACCUUGGAACCCUUGGACAACACAGAGACAAAACAAUUUGGAUCAGAAACAGAAGUCAUUUCAGCAAAAAUUCCCUCAGAAAUAUCCUUACCAUAUGCCAUUAUUGAAGAAAAUUGCUCCCCAGUAGCACCUGUAACCUUGGAAUUUCCCCCCCAGAUACUUGAAAUUUGCAAGAAGUUGGACCCCUUCGAUAGAAAUCAAUCAGCAUAUCUUGGAUCAGAGAGUGAAACAUGUGCAGAAAAUAUAGAUAACUUACCAGUAGGACCAGUCAAUUUGGAAUCUUCCCCUCAGCUCAUUGCUAAUGACCAACCACUGGCAACUUUGGAACCCUGGAGCAUUACUGAAACAGAAUACCUUGGAUCAGAAAGUGCAAUUUUUGCAGAACCCAUUUCCCCAGAGGAAACUUUUCCAGUAUACCAAGUUGAAAAGACACCAGUUAAUCCUAUUCCUGAAUCUCAAAACCCCCUGCAAAUCCUGAUGGAAGAUAAAAAUGAGGAAAAAUUUAGUCAGAGUAUAAAACCAGAGGAUGUAUCAGUCUUGGAUUCAGUACAGUCAAUUCAGUCCCCCACAAUAAACUCAACAAGGUUUGCACCUGAAGGAAUUGGAACCCCAGAAGAACCCAUUUCAAACAUUGCACCCAACUUAUCUCUAGAAAUUGAUUAUACUCCCAAUUCACAAUUGAAUUCCAUGGAGAACCUUGUUGCAGAACCUCUCUUCAAAGAUUCCAUAGAUGGAUUUUUCUCCCAGAAACCAGUUUUUAUUCCUUCAAAGCAAGUAUUUGAUCCUCAGAGAAACUUCAACAAAACAUUAGGAACCUAUAACAAAGAAACAGACCCUGGAGAAGCAACAGAAAUGAUUCCUCAAUCAGCUUCCAUCACAAAAAUUCUCACAGAAAGUGUUUCUCCUACAACUCACCAAGUACCUCCCCACCAACAGGAAUUGCCACCCUCCAAGGCCCCUGAUAACAGCCAAAUAUUUCUUCAACCCCCUUGGAUUAGCUCUGGGAAGACUGGAACAAGAAACAUUGCAAAUUUCAAAAAGAAAAGGAUCAAGUCAAACAGCAUAAAUCAUGCCUUUUCAGUACCCAAUUUUUUCCCAUCUUCCUUGGAUAAACUAGCAAAAGAUAACUUACAGUACAUCUGGUUCCGUGACAGGAUUAAAAGGAAGGAGCUCUCAAAUCUUCAUGUGCCUCAAACUUCAGCCAGGAAUAAAUCUAAAGGAAAUUUGAAAAGAAAGAAGACAAGAAUUAGAUUUGGUAGACAUACUGCAGUAAUCAUAGUAUCAGAAAGCAAACCAUCAUCUGGUCUCUUUGAAACCCAGAAACAGGCCAUAGAUGCUGGAGCGACCAGUUUCGCGUCGCUGGCUUUGGAUGAUUUGGAUCGGAGCUUAACGGAGAAGAAAACACUCAGAAGGUGUAGCUAUAAGAUAGUUCUUCUUGUCAGGAUAGCAGGAUACACACCAUCGAUCCACCCUGAUUUGCCUAAACCGGAUACUAUAGGCAUUGAAGCGACCAAUUUUGCUUCGCUGAGCUUUGCUCGUUCAGUUUGGAAUGCUAGCAAAAAGCGGAAGAAGAUAUUGAUCAGCAACGUUUCGCGCUGGAUGGUUCAGAGAAGCAAGAAAAGGGGACAAUCGAUCUUGCCAAAGUACAUGUUGAAAAGUUUUGAUUGCAGUCGGAAACUCACCAGGGAGUCAAGCGCGAUAGUUGUUUCUAUUCGAUUCAAGUAUCAGGACAGAAAAACCAAGGAAAAGCGGUUGGAUCUGUUGCAUCGCAGUUGGAAGUUUGUAAGGAUUUUGGAGACUGUAGCACUUCCAGUUCGAUCGAAGAAAGAAACAAUAAACAAAGGGUGGGUUUUGCCAAUGAAUAGCUCUAAACAUUCGAUUUGGAGACGGAUCAGUGUGAAAAUACCAGCCAGUAUUGGAGCUUUAGAUCAAUCGGAGGACAUACCAGAGUCAAUGGUAGUAGCAUUCAGGAAUUCAUUUAAACGGUAUUGGCAUUGUUGGGAGUUGGACUGGGAAGGAAGGGUUGGUUGGAAUCAGGAAAGAGAUGAUGUCAAGCACCUCAGCGGACUAUUUUACCCAGGUGUCGAGCAUGUUUUAAGAUCUCACAUAGCGACUAAAGUCAAGGGGUAUAUAAUGGUACAGACAACAAGAAACAAAGAACUUGAAGGCUUGUUCUCAUGGAACCUUACGGAGGAGGCUUUCAACUUGUCUCAUCAACUCAACACCGAUUUCAACCCCAUUGUGUUGGCUAUGGAUACCAGCAAUCUCAAUCAGAUGAUGACAAGGCCUGUUUCAACUCUGCAAUACUAGUCAGGCUCAUUUUCCAAUUGGACUCAACUUUUCUCUAGACUCUUGAAGGUAGGACUACAUAUCCUUCAACUUCAAAG